CACACGGCCGCCCAAAUGAAAGGGUAAAACCCUAACAAUUAAACCGUUCUCCCCGAAAAUGUUUUCUCCGGGAAGAAGGAAAUCCAGCUAUGGCAGCGCAGCAGCAGCUCGUAAGGAUCAAAAUGCAACAGAAAAGAGUAAUGAUUCUUCUUUGGCAUCGCCAAAAACUCCACUUCAAGAUAGCAAUGUAAUUCCCAAUCGCCCGGCCACUGGCACUCCUGCUCCUUGGGCGUCUCGCCUCUCUGUCCUUGCCCGGAUUCCACCAGUUAAGAGAAAUGAAAAAGGAGAUGAUGUGGACCUAGUUCAACCUGUGUAUGUUGGAGAGUUUCCUUUAGCUGUACGUGAUGAACAACAAGCAGCCUUAGUGCAAAAACAGUAUCCUGGUGAGAUGUCCAUAUCUGGAGGAAUGGACAAGGAAACAUCUCUGGCUUGGGUUAUAUGCAGAGACAGGCUCUUUGUCUGGAAUUACUUUUCUCCCACUGCUUCAAGGAAUUGUGUUGUUCUUGACCUUCCUUCUAGUACUUUUGAAACCAGGGAUUCCAGCAGAAAUGCAUUCAAUUCUAACACUUGGUUAGUUUGUAUCCUCAAUUGGGACUGCUUAAAUAGGAAUAGUGACAAAUUGAUCUCACAGUGUAAUUCGGCUGGCAUUAUUGUAUGCAAUAGAAGAAGUCGAACUCUUGUAUACUGGCCAGAGAUCUACUCUGAAAGUAGAAGUGCUCCAGUUCUUAGUUCUGCUUCAGUUGAGGAGUUGGAGGUGUUACUUUUGCCUGGUGAUGGGAAAGCCAAUUAUAAUAAGCAACGGCAACGUACUAAGCAGGGGAGUUCUAUUACAGGAUUGAGUUCCUUAAACUCUUUGAUUGCAACUCCUGUUCUAGGUGCCAACCAUGUUUGUGUCUCCCUUGCAUGUAGUUCCAAUGGUGAUCUUUGGCAGUUUUUCUGCAGCCCAUUUGCUAUUGAACGGAAAAAAAUUUUUCAGGACAUGCUAGGUACAGCCUCUUCAGGUGGUGAUAGUAGCCAUUUAGUUGGAAGUAAGGGGUACCCUAGGUCAUUGACUUGGCAGUUGUUUAAUUCAUUCAGUGAAACUAAAAGACAGUUUCUUUUAUUGACAGAUCGUGAGAUACAGUGUUUUUGUGUUAAACUUACACCUGAUUAUAAUGUAUCCAAGCUCUGGUCACAUGAAAUUGUAGGCACUGAUGGUGAUUUGGGUAUCCAGAAGGAUCUAGCUGGGCAAAAGAGGAUCUGGCCCCUGGAUCUGCAAAUUGACAAUGAUGGAAAGGUUAUCACUAUUCUUAUUGCUAUUUUUUGCAAAGAUCGAAUCACUAGUUCAAGCUACACCGAAUAUUCACUUCUGACCAUGCAAUAUAGGUCUGGGUUGAGCAUUUCGACGGAAAAUGUUAAACCAACAUCUGAGAGGGUUUUGGAAAAGAAGGCCCCGAUCCAGGUAAUAAUACCUAAAGCAAGAGUAGAAGAUGAGGAAUUCUUAUUUUCGAUGAGGCUGAAGAUUGGUGGCAAGCCAGCUGGUUCGGUCAUUAUACUUUCUGGUGAUGGAACUGCAACUGUGUCGCAUUACUGGAGAAAUUCUACUCGUCUCUACCAAUUUGACCUGCCUUAUGAUGCUGGCAAGGUUUUCGAUGCUGCUGUUUUCCCUUCUUCAGAUGAUGGUGAAGAUGGAGCUUGGGCUGUACUGACUGAGAAAGCUGGAAUCUGGGCAAUUCCUGAGAGGGCUAUUUUGAUUGGUGGAGUUGAACCACCUGAGCGAAGUUUGUCUCGCAAAGGGAGCUCAAAUGAAAGAUCAUCACAGGAAGAAAGAAAAAACAUCUCAUUUUCUGGCAAUAUCCCUCCUCGAAGGGCUAGUUCAGAAGCAUGGGAUGCUGUGGAUAGACAUAGGGCACCCUUAACUGGAAUUGCACAUCGAAAUGCUCAAGAUGAAGAAUCUGAAGCAUUACUGAAUCAGCUUUUCAAUGAUUUUCUCUUGUCUGGGCAGGUUGAAGGAUCAGUUGAUAAACUAAAAUAUUCCGGGGCAUUUGAAAGAGACGGUGAAACAAAUGUUUUUACUAGGAUGAGCAAAUCAAUUGUGGAUACCCUAGCCAAACAUUGGACGACAACCAGGGGAGUUGAGAUUGUGGCUUUGUCAAUUGUGUCAACCCAGCUCAUCGAGAAGCAACAGAAGCAUCAGAAACAUCUUCAGUUCCUAGCUCUAUCCAAGUGUCAUGAGGAACUGUGUACUAAACAGAGACAGUCACUGCAAAUUAUUUUGGAACAUGGUGAAAAGCUUGCCGGAAUGCUCCAACUCAGGGAGCUGCAGAAUAUGAUUUGCCAGAGUCAUACAAAUGGAGUCAGCUCUUCUUACUCUCGUUCAGAAACUCAAACCUCUGGUGCUCUUUGGGAUCUUAUCCAGUUAGUUGGUGAGCGAGCCCGUAGGAGAACUGUUCUAUUGAUGGAUAGAGAGAAUGCUGAAGUAUUCUACAGUAAGGUUUCAGAUAUUGAGGACUUGUUUUACUGCUUAGAGAAACAAUUAGACAGCAUGAUUGGGGAAGAUAUGCCUUUCACUGUUCAGUUUCAAAGAGCUUGUGAAAUCUCAAAUGCAUGUGUAAGCAUACUUCAGACUGCGAUGCACUACAGAAGUGAGCAUCACCUCUGGUAUCCUUCUCCUGAUGGCUUGACACCAUGGUACUGCCAAACUGUUGUAAGAAGUGGCAUUUGGAGCAUUGCAUCUUUCAUGCUUCAGCUGAUCAAUGAAACAUUUCGCCUUGAUGAUGCUAAGAAGUUGGACUUUUAUUCUCAUCUAGAAGUACUUUCUGAAGUUUUACUUGACGCCUAUUCUGGAGCUAUAACGGCGAAAUCUGAACGCAAUGAAGAACAGAAAGGCCUGCUAGAUGAAUACUGGAAAAGGAGAGAUGCACUUCUUGACUCCCUCCAUAAGCAAGUAAAAGGGUUCUUCCAGGCCAAACUCCAGGAUCCAGAUGGAGGAACAGAAGUACAAAAUGACGAAGUUAUUAGAAAGCUUUCUUCUAAGUUGUUGCAUAUUGCUAAAAGACAUGAAGGGUAUCAGACACUUUGGAGUAUUUGCUGUGACCUUAAUGAUUCCGAGCUCCUUAAGAAUCUUAUGCAUGAGAGCAUGGGACCUAGAGGGGGUUUCAGCAACUUUGUCUUCAAGCAGCUGUAUGACAGCAAACAAUAUUCCAGACUGAUGAGACUUGGGGAGGAGUUUCAAGAAGAGCUUGCUAUUUUCUUAAAGCAGCAUCAAGAUCUUCGUUGGCUUCAUGAAGUGUUUCUUAAUCAAUUUGCUGCUGCUUCUGAAACUCUUCAUGUUGUAGGUCUGUCUCAAGAAGAUUCAUCAGGUCUGGCUAACGAGGAAACUCAUUUUUGUGGCACAACCAACAGAACAACCUUGGCAGAAAGGAAGCAUUUUCUCAAUCUGUCAAAGAUAGCUGCAAUGGCAGGAAGGAAUGUUGAUUGUCCCGCAAAGGUGAAGCGCAUUGAAGCUGAUCUGAAUAUUCUGAAAUUGCAGGAAGAAAUAUUGGGGCUCCUUCCUGACGGUGAUGAAAAGCACAAUAUUGGAAACAGGCUUCUCCCUCCUGUGGACCUAAUUGAAUUGUGCCUGAAAAACCAGAACAGGCUCCUUGCUUUGCGAGCAUUUGAUGUUUUUGCGUGGACAAGCUUCUUCUUCCUUAAGUGCAACUCUAGCCUUUUGGAGGAGUGCUGGAGGAAUGCAGCAAAUCAGGAUGACUGGGAAAGGAUCUAUCAGUUGUCUGUCACUGAAGGGUGGAGUGAUGAGGAAACCCUACAUUCUCUUCAAGAAACAGUUCUUUUUCAGGCGUCUACUAUAUGCUAUGGGCCUGAAGCAAAAACUUUUGAUGGUGGAUUCGAUGAAGUACUGCCCCUGAGGCAAGAGAAUCUGGAAGUUGAGUAUGUGAAGGAUGUAUCUUCAUCAGUGGAAGCAAUUCUGAUGCAGCACAAAGAUUUUCCUGAUGCUGGCAAGUUGAUGCUUACUGCUAUUAUGCUGGGAAGUGCUCAUGCUGGGGCAGAGGAGCUAAACCUACAUUUACAUUCUGAGUUGUCCUUGCUGUGAUGGCGUGCCUAUGUAGCUUGUGUUGGUCAGUUGGAAAGUAGGUGUAUACGAUGCUGAUCAAUAGCUGAUGAUACUGCAUUUCCUUACAAAUACUCUUUAACGGAGAAGGAAAACUUCUUUUUUGAUCUUGGAUUUAUGAAAUGUACUGAUUUUUAGCA